AGAUGUGGGAGUAUGACCUUCUGGUGAUCGACAGAGAUAUCAUAGCGGCCCAGCUUUGCACAGCAACAGUUCUACACUCUGCUUCAAGUCUGCCCACGGCGGUCGUAAAUUUCACAGGCCGGAACCGAAACUAGAGCAAAGCUAAAAAAAAAAAAGGAAAAGAAAAGUUGCUAGCGAAGGCUUUUAUAACUCUAAUGUCAAGCUCUUGACCUCUUGUCUCUUAUUGCAACGACUGCAGUUAGUAAUGCACGGUUUAAGCGAAGCUGUCUUUCUGAUGUAGCGCGACAGCGGUCGAUAAACGGAUAAACGUCAUUACGCAAGCACGGCCUCGAUCGAGUUUGCAGCUGUUGCUGUUUGGUUUGUCUGCUGUUAUAAAAAAAAAAAAAAAAGAGGAGUAUGGCGGCGUAGCGCUGGCGUUGUUGAACAACAAGAGCAUUAGUUGGCUUCGUUUUGUCGGUGCUAAGCGAACCGCGAGACAAUCAGCAGGUGCGGUCCCGAAACACCCCUUCAAUUGCCCCGCUCUACGUGUAACAAGCAUGGGGGCCCUGUACCAGGGAGACUGCCUCGAGGACGACUUCGAUCCGUGGUUGGACGAGACGGACCCGUGGAUCGACAGGGUGUAUCGGCUCAACGGCGACAUCUCGACGCCGUCGGACUCGGUCAUCACGCACUUCCUGACCGACGACGAGCUCUACCAGGCGCUGGCGUUUCCCGCCGACUACGAUUGGUCGACGACGGUCAUCUUCAAGUUCGACGUGGACUGCCCCGAGAUAUGGCCCAAGCUGUGCAAAUUUAUCGAUCACUGCCCGGAAGUUAAGUUCGGCGGCUGGGCCCGGACGAAGGUGGCCUACGUGCACCUCAUCAAGACGUGGACGGUGGACGAGGCGGACUUCCUCAUCGGGAAGCGAGAGGUCGACAUCGAAGGCGUUCACUGUCGCAUUUUGCCCGUCAGAGUCGUGCCCGUCUGAGAGACGGUGACAGUGAAAAGCGUGCGUGGUUUGUGUGCGUGUCAACGUGUCGGUCGUCGCAACGUUACAACUGUUCGGUCCUCCCACCCCUUUUCGUUCGCGUCUCGUUUUGGCGUGCGCGUGUAUUCAUAGGCGGCAGAAGUUAUUAAAAAAAAUGCUGCCGGCUCGUUUGGUGGCUAUAGUGUGUUGACAAAA